AUGGAGGCACAGUCGCGUGUGGAGCUGCCGAAAGCGACACAGCUCCUGGCCUCCGCGGCGAAUCCAUGUAUGGACCUUGUAGCGCUUGUAUGCCUAGAUAAUGCGCUGCCUCUCGCCGCAGCCGGACCGCCCGGACUUACGCCGGCGCAAAUCGCCAUGCGGCAGCGCAUGCUUGCGUUCCAAGCGCGUCGACUUGGCGUAGCAAACUCUGCGGCGGCUUCCAGCGGAGCGAAUAUAAAGCAUGGUGCUUCAGUGAAACUUGUACUUAUGCGCACAGGAGCCGGUCUUGGCGAUGUAUGGGAGGUUGCCGUAACGCCCCCCCAGCACCUAUUUUCCACCACAAACGAAGACGAGAUGGAGUGUGUGUGCGUUGCAGAUAUAUGCUGGAGUCCCGAUGGGGAGCGCCUUGCACUGCGCAUGUACGUGACGAGACAGGCCGGAGCAAGCUGCAGAUACGCAUCCGCACUGCUCAGCUAUUCCGUCUACAAUGGCGAUGUCGUCUCCACCACAAUACUCCCGUGUGGGUCGCACGCAAACACACAGGGAUGCAGUAUGGCAUGGAUUCCUGCUACAUGUGAUCCCGCUCCAUCGCAGGCGCUUGACAUACUGCGCAAGCUGACGCCGCUGCCCAGCGUCGAGGAUCUGGUACAAGCCACAUCCGGCGCACACAAGAUCAUGCGUCCAUUGCAUGCGAUGUACAAACAAGGGGCGUCUGCUCCAUCGCCUAGCACACACAUUCAUGGGGAUGCAGGUGCCUUUACAUCUAUUCCUGCACUGCCGUACUCGGCACAAGCUCUUGGUUUUGUGGUGGGAUCCGGCCCCGAUAUUGACGCAGAACGAGGCGGGACAGUGCCGAGCAUUGCGCCGCGCUCGUCGCUUGUUGUGCUCGACGGCCAGGGCACUUUACAUGUGUUGCUGGACGGCACUGUAUCUCUGGGAAGCAUACAACUAGCACAGGCGUCGCACGGGGCGUGUUUGCUGGGUGCUUCGAUGCACACUGCCUGGGUGCUGCUGGACUAUGGCAACAAGUGUGAGCUUGGUUAUGUGUCGCUGCUGCCGUCUGACGAGCCAUGUGAGGGCCCCAGCCUUGUCGCUGUCCAGCAGCUUUCACAGCUGAGCACGGCGUUGUGCCAGCAGCUUGCUUGUGCAAUGGACGCGGUGCAUUAUGCAGCACAGGCAUGGACAACGCUUUCACGGCCGCGCGCGCAGGAAUGGUCUGAGAAGCUGGAGGAUGCUGGAAAGCGGCACGCAGUGGAUAUCACACUCGAGCUCAUGAGCACCGUCAUGACCAGCCGCGCGGGUCCUGCUACCGAGCAUCUUUUGCUGCAAGUUACCGAAGGCAUGACGAUUGCUAUGGAGCAGGACGCAAAGCACGGCUUGAAGCUGGUACGGCGGUAUGUAGGCACGAUCUUGCUACCUGCGUGCGAGCGUAUGCUGGUGCUCCUAACCGAGCUUGGUGGCUGUGCCCUGUGGCCAGAGCGCUUUGAAACACUUUUGCCGCCGUCGAGUACCAACACAAUCGAGCACCUCAUCACCGCAAUCCAGACAUGCCAUACAAUCGGCCUUGCUCUGCAAGAAGAAUCGGAGCGCGAACUGCUUGCACUGGACGAGUUCUUCAAGUGGUGGCGUAUGGAGCAGGACCGGCAAGAACGACUAAAAGUCGAGGAAGUAUCGCCGAGUAUGAUUACCUCGCAUGAUACCCUCACCGUGCUCGAGUUCCUUCGGCGUGGAUUCAUCUCGCCGGCACUGGACGCGCUACUUGGCGCGCCAGCGACGCACCAAGCUCCUUUGGACGAGGAUACGUCGAUGGAAGGUGCCCAUGUUCCACCGCCGGAGCCUGCGCCGGUCACAUUCCAAGGCACGCCGCGCGACACACAAAAACCUACACUGCAAGCUACUCUCGCCGAUACGCGUGCUUGGCUCGCCGACGGGAGGCCGCCGCUUGGGCCUACAGAAAAGGAGCGCAUUGAGGGCAUUUAUGCCGCACAGUGCCUGUUCGCGGGGCCAGCGCACCUGUACCCAGGACCGCGUGCCUUGCCUGGCGACGCACAGCUGCUACAAGCGCGUCUGACCAAUAUAAGAGCGCAGCUGGCUGCGCUCCUUAGCGAAGCGCUUGCACGCACCAUGCAAUUUUCCACACACGAGCAGUUUGGCAUGCAUACGCUGCCGGAUACGGUGCACCGUCGUGUGGAAGGCGUCUGGUCAAUGCCGCAGGAAAUGGAAUGGGACAAGGGGCAUGCGACGCUUUUGGUGCGAACGAUUGCAACACAGCAUCUUCGACAGGCUGUACUAUACAGUGCACCGGAGACGCUGCAUGUCUUGCGCCUAAACAGUCGCGGGAUUGAUUGGAGAGAUGUGCACAUUCCGCCGCUGGACGCUUCGCACGUCGCGCUUUCCGACUUGGCGUGGGCGGACGCGGACAAUGUGCUCGUGCUGGGCACUGUGGCGCGGCCAUUCCUGGGCUACCUUGCCGUGGAAAAGAGUGAUGGAGCAUGGCAUGAGGCGCCCACUUUUGUACAAUGGGACGAUGCUACGCCAACGCAUCUCGCAUUCCAACAAGCGCACCAGCGGAGUGUUGUGCUUGGCAAUGACCAGCGCACAUUGGCAACGUUACGCAGCGGACCGUGUGAUUCUACGGAAGUAUAA